GAAUCGACGGAGUGGGCAGCCAUCAGAUCGGGACAGUCCUCCGUCUUCCUCGACAAUUUUAUAAUCUUCGCUCGAUCCGAUCCACUCCCUUCUUCUACCUCUCGCCGUCGCCGUCCUCCUCGUCGUCGUCUUCCCGGCGAAGGCGCCUCCCUGAUCGCCACCCGGUAGAGCGUAGUACGAGCGAGGAGGGACUAGGGACUAGGGAAGGGGGAGCGCCAUGGCGCAGAUGCUGCUCCACGGGACGCUGCACGCCACCAUCCUCGAGGCGGCCUCGCUCUCCAACCCUCACCGCGCCAGCGGAAGCGCCCCCAAGUUCAUCCGCAAGUUUGUGGAGGGGAUUGAGGACACAGUGGGUGUCGGCAAAGGCGCUACCAAGGUGUAUUCCACCAUUGAUCUGGAGAAAGCUCGCGUCGGGCGGACUAGGAUGAUAACCAAUGAGCCUAUUAAUCCUCGCUGGUAUGAGUCGUUCCACAUCUACUGCGCUCACAUGGCUUCCAAUGUGAUCUUCACUGUCAAGAUUGACAACCCUAUUGGGGCAACGAAUAUUGGGAGGGCUUACCUGCCAGCCCAAGAGCUUCUCAGUGGAGAGGAGAUUGAUAGGUGGCUUGAUAUCUGUGAUAAUGACCGCCAACCUGUUGGUGAGAGCAAGAUCCAUGUGAAGCUGCAGUACUUUGAUGUUGCCAAGGAUCGCAAUUGGGCGAGGGGUGUCCUCAGUACCAAAUAUCCUGGUGUUCCUUACACCUUCUUCUCUCAGAGGCAAGGGUGCAAAGUAACAUUGUACCAAGAUGCUCAUGUCCCAGACAACUUCAUUCCAAAGAUUCCGCUUGCCGAUGGCAAGAACUAUGAACCCCACAGAUGCUGGGAGGAUAUCUUUGAUGCCAUAAGCAAUGCUCAGCAUUUGAUUUACAUUACUGGAUGGUCUGUGUACACUGAGAUCACCUUGGUUAGGGACACCAACCGUCCGAAACCUGGAGGGGAUGUCACCCUUGGGGAGUUGCUCAAGAGGAAGGCCAGUGAAGGUGUUCGGGUCCUUAUGCUAGUGUGGGAUGACAGGACUUCAGUUGGUUUGCUGAAGAGAGAUGGCUUGAUGGCAACACAUGAUGAGGAGACUGCAAAUUACUUCCAUGGCUCUGAUGUGAACUGUGUUCUAUGCCCUCGCAACCCUGAUGACUCAGGCAGCAUUGUUCAGGAUUUGUCUAUCUCAACUAUGUUUACACAUCAUCAAAAGAUAGUAGUUGUUGACCAUGAGAUGCCAAACCAGGGCUCCCAGCAAAGGAGGAUAGUCAGCUUUGUUGGUGGUCUUGAUCUCUGUGAUGGAAGGUACGACACACAGUACCAUUCUUUGUUUAGGACACUCGACAGUGCCCAUCACGAUGACUUCCACCAGCCAAAUUUUGCCAAUGCAUCAAUCAAGAAGGGUGGUCCAAGAGAGCCAUGGCAUGAUAUUCACUCCCGGCUGGAAGGGCCAAUUGCAUGGGACGUUCUUUACAAUUUCGAGCAGAGAUGGAGAAAGCAGGGUGGGAAGGAUCUCCUUUUGCAGCUCAGGGAUCUGUCUGACACUAUUAUUCCACCUUCUCCUGUCAUGUUCCCUGAGGACAGAGAAACAUGGAAUGUUCAGCUCUUCAGAUCCAUUGAUGGUGGUGCUGCUUUUGGGUUCCCUGAUACCCCUGAGGAGGCUGCAAAAGCUGGGCUGGUAAGUGGAAAGGAUCAAAUCAUUGAUAGGAGCAUCCAGGAUGCUUACAUACAUGCCAUCCGUAGGGCAAAGAACUUCAUCUAUAUUGAGAACCAAUAUUUCCUAGGAAGUUCCUAUGCCUGGAAACCUGAGGGCAUUAAGCCUGAGGAUAUUGGUGCUCUUCACUUGAUUCCUAAGGAGCUUGCACUGAAAGUUGUCAGUAAGAUUGAAGCCGGAGAAAGGUUCACUGUAUAUGUUGUUGUGCCAAUGUGGCCUGAGGGUGUUCCGGAGAGUGGAUCUGUUCAGGCAAUCCUGGACUGGCAAAGGAGAACAAUGGAGAUGAUGUACACUGAUAUUAUAGAGGCCCUCCAAGCCAAGGGAAUUGAAGCAAAUCCCAAGGACUACCUGACUUUCUUCUGCUUGGGUAACCGUGAGAUAAAGCAGAGUGGGGAAUAUCAGCCUGAAGAACAACCAGAAGCUGACAGUGAUUAUAUUCGGGCUCAGGAGGCGAGGAGGUUCAUGAUCUAUGUCCACACCAAAAUGAUGAUAGUUGACGACGAGUACAUCAUCAUCGGUUCUGCAAACAUCAACCAGAGGUCAAUGGACGGAGCCAGGGACUCCGAGAUCGCCAUGGGCGGGUACCAGCCAUACCAUCUGGCAACCAGGCAGCCGGCACGGGGCCAGAUCCACGGCUUCCGGAUGGCGCUGUGGUACGAGCACCUGGGCAUGCUGGACGACGUGUUCCAGCGGCCCGAGAGCCUGGAGUGCGUGCAGAGGGUGAACGCGAUCGCGGACAAGUACUGGGACAUGUACUCCAGCGACGACCUCCAGCAGGACCUCCCCGGCCACCUCCUCAGCUACCCCGUCGGCAUCGCCAGCGACGGCGUGGUGACGGAGUUGCCGGGCAUGGAGUUCUUCCCCGACACGCGGGCCCGCGUCCUCGGCACCAAGUCGGACUACAUGCCCCCCAUCCUCACCUCAUAGAGGAAGAACCACCACGCCAUACUCAUUGCUGCAUAGCUUCUCCUGUCAGGCUCCUUUGUAUUUCAGUCUGGUGGUGGUAUGGUCAUCGUUCAGAAUUUCUUCAGGAUAGCAGUUGUUUUACAGUUUGUGAUCAUAAGGUAAUAAGUACAGUGUCUGUGCAUGUUUGAGCUGGGGAGGAAGAAGAUGGGGAGUUGGGUCGCAUGGUGCGGUUGAUGCCGUUUGUGAGUUGGGAGCUGAUUAAUUACUUGGCAUGAUUGUCUGUACUGUGAACCACUACAGCACUACUGUUUUAACGUUGUUGAUGCUGGUUAACUUAACUGUGUUCAUAUACCACCUACUGUAGUAGCUUUGAU